UCAAAAGACUCCACCGAUGGUUGACGGCGUCUCCGCGAAAAAGCACUUUUGUCGCCCUUUCCCACGCGAAAAUGCCCAUUUGUGCGAUGUGUGCUCCGCCACGGAUUCCUCUAGUGCCCAUCACUGGUGACCAGUUGUGAGAAAGUGGCCCAAAGUCACGGAAAAUCCUGUGGUAAUCAAUAAUUCCAGCAUCGAGUGCCCUACAACUCAGUCUCUCGGGAAUUUUUCACCUAAAGUCGCACUUGAGGCUCUCCACCGGAGCCCAAGACACCCAAGAGGCUAGCAGACAUUCCCCAGGAAGUGUUUAGUGCAGCAGCAGACUUGGCAGAGCUGGUGAAAGGUGGAUUUGAGUGUGGAAAAGUGCAGAAAAAAGUGUCGGAGAGCAAGCCUGCCAUCGCCAUUUUAUGCAAAACACUGGCAACAUCGCAGGAACAUUGCAAGUGAUUCUUGGUCAGACGAAAUCCGCCCGGAAAUCCUGUCCCAGGAAGGUUCAGCUGACUCAGUGACCAUCUGGCGAGCAGCCUGUGCUCCUUGCCAGGUGGGGAGGUGUGGAAGAGCGUGAGGAAGUCACGCGAAGGGGGCGAAAAGUGAGUGGUUCUGUGAGUCUCCCUCCUCCGGACGGAUCGAUCGAUUGAGGGAGAUUUGCACUAAGGCAGAAGAGACUGUCUCUGGGAUCAGCGGUGAUGUCACAGCCUCUCGAGGCCACCCUCAGCCUCCGAGUGCAGUUCUCGCGAUCAUCUGGCCAGGGAGUGUCUCAGCUUCACAAGAGUCACAAAGAUUUUUUUCUCAUGUGUGAGAAAUGAUCAUGAAAUAGGAACGGAGAGAGUAAGAACCAAUAAAAAUCUCAUGGCACGAAUUUUCACGCAAUAUUUAUGAACGUUAAGCAAUUCACGGUAUGAAUUCUCAACUGGGCGCCGCAACGGAGGCGACAAUGGCCAAGGAUCAGUUGCCGCCGGCGAGGAAUUACGGGGACGCUUCGAUGGGGUAUCAGCAGCCGGGGAAUCCCUAUGGGCAGCAGUUUCAGGGGCAGAUGGCGGCGCAGCAGUUUGCGCCGCAGAGUGCGGGCAUGAUGGACGAACACCACAUGCACCAGUUCGCGCACCAGAAUCAGCAGCAACAGCAGCAACAGCAGCAGCAGCAACAGGGCAUGUACAAUCCGCAGGGGCAGAUGAUGGGCUCUUACGGGCCCGGGUAUGGCGGUCAGGGCGGGAGCAUGAUGAUGCCAGGGCGGGAUCAGUACGGGAGUAUGGGCGGUUUUGUGGGGACUGCGGGAGGGGGUCAGUUUAUGGGUGCCGGAGGAUCAAAUAUGCCGCAUGGAAUGCAGCAAAUGAACCAGAUGGAGCUCAACUACAGUCCUGUGAAGCAGGAGAUGAUGCCGAUGAAUCAGAUGCCAAUGGGACAGUCCAUGGCUCAGAGUCAGAUGGUGGGACCGAAUGUGAUGCAGCAAAUGUCUCAGAUGGUGGACAUGAAUCCCAUGGCGAAGAUGCAGGGCAUGGCCAAUGGGUAUCAUCAGUCGCGCCGAAUGGCACCUUAUCCGUCGCCCAUGAUGCACGCCUCGCAGAAGCGCGCUGCCAUGUAUCCAGCCAUGGCCCAGCAGAAUGUUCCUAUGGGGCAAAUGCAGCAGUUUGCCCAGCAACAGGCCCAGCCAACGCAGCACUUUGCGCCACUGCAACAGCAGCAAGGCUACGUGCGAGGUCCCAUGCAUGGCAAUUAUGGGCGCAGCGCCAUGAUGGGACAGCAGCAGGGCCAGAGGCUCUCCAGCGCCAUUCCUUACGCCUCACCACCGUAUAAUCACGGUCCUGGCGGCACCGGGAGUCCGCAGUACUCGAAUCCGGCCGGCGGAACGCCAGUGCCGAAUGCUAGUGCGCCGAACUUCCAGCAGAAUCUACAGCCUGAGGUGCGACUUGGGUAUCAACACAGCCCUGUGCCGGGUAAUCCCACGCCGCCGCUGACGCCAGCCGCCCUCAUGACGCCCUACAUCAGCCCGAAUCCCGACGUGAAGCCACCGAUCAGUCACAAUGAUGAAAUGCGAUUAACUUUUCCGGUGAGAGAUGGCAUAAUUCUUCAGCCCUUCCGUUUGGAGCACAAUUUGGCCGUGAGCAAUCAUGUGUUCCAAUUGAAGCCCAAUGUCUAUGGGACGCUGAUGAGCCGAGCGGAUCUUGAGCUGCAGCUCAAGUGCUUCCACCAUGAUGAUCAGCAGAUGAACACCAAUUGGCCGGCUUCGGUGCAGGUGUCCGCAAAUGCAAUUCCCCUGAUUAUCGAUCGUGGAGAGCCGAAGAUGUCACACAGGCCGUUAUAUCUGAAGUCCGUCUGUCAGCCAGGGAGAAACACUAUUCAGAUCACCGUGAGCGCCUGCUGCUGUAGUCACCUCUUUGUCCUGCAACUCGUUCAUCGGCCAUCCAUCAGGCAUGUUCUCCAGGGACUGCUGAGGAGGAAUCUGCUGGCAGCUGAGCACGGCAUCAAUAAGAUCAAGUGCCACUUCCAGCAAUUGGUAGCAACAAAUCGGCCUCCGGAUGGCGAUGCAACCAAUCCUGCCGGCGCAGAUUCAGCGGAGAAUCCCUCGCAAACUGUGACACUAAAGUGUCCGAUUACAUUUAAGAAAAUCUCCUUGCCUGCGCGCGGUCAGGAGUGUCGACAUCUCACCUGCUUCGACCUGGAGUCCUAUCUGCAGAUCAAUUGUGAGAGGGGCAACUGGAGAUGCCCAAUUUGCAACAAAUCCGCUCUGACAGAGACGCUAGAGGUCGACCAAUAUAUGUGGGCGAUUCUCAAUUCGCUGAGCACGCAGGAUGUUGACGAGGUCAUCAUCGAUAGUGUAGCCAAUUGGAAGGCGGUGAGGAAGAAUGUGGCCAUAACUAAGCCGGAAAAUGAUGCUGAGAACAAGCAGAUGAACAGCAAAGUGAUGAGUCCAGGUUCGACGAUUCUGCCCACCUGGGACAACACUCAGGCCAUGAGUCCUUACAUGUGUCCUGACAUGAACACCAUCGCCAGUGGCAGCAUGAUGACCAGUGGCGGCGGUGGAAAUGCUUCGGCCAACAAAAGUCCGUUUGACAUUUUCUAUGGUAGUGGAGGAGGAGGAUUGAGUGAUUCAGCUGGGAAUUUGUAUUUGAACAGUGAUUUGGGCGGAGCGACAGGCAGCCAGGGGAAUAAUAAUAAUCCCUUGGCCAAGUUGACGGACUCUGUGAACUCGCUGGAUCCGCUGGAUGCCAUGGAGAAGUCGCUGAAUGAGAAGAUGCCACCGACACCAGGAAGUAUUACAUGUCCACUGACGCCGGGAUCGUCGCAGCACAACAACAGUGGCGAGAUGACGCCCACGAAAGUGCCGCCGAAUCGGCCGGGCAGUGCACAACAGUCGCAGCAGCAUUCCACGAUGCAGGGCGCGCGAAAGGGCGUCGAGACGGAGGGAGCAGCCACUGGUGGCGGCGGCGGAGUCCUUCCGGAUCCGAGUUUCUCCACGCCGGACUUCAAGCAGGGCGUCUUGCAGGCGGUGAUCGAUGGCGAGGCCAAUCCUGACUUGAAUUUGCAACUUCUGUCGGACAGCAACAUCGAUGCAAUGGAGUUACUGUCUUAUCUGGACCAUCCGACAAAGGAUCUCAACACACCACCGUCCAGUGGCUCCAGCAACAAUGCCAACAGUGACGAUCUCAUUGCAUCGUUGUUCGAUUGAUCCAAGAAGUGAAGGGAGGAAAACGUGGAGGAUAAAAAACGUGAUUAGGCAUUGGUGGGAAAUCAAAAAGAGGAAAAAAAAUUAAGAAGCGGAAAGAAAGAGGAUUACUGUAAGUUUCUAUCUCUGAUACAAUUCAACUCAUAAAGGGUAGUAUUUUAGGUACUACAAAAUUGAUGAUAAUGAUGAUGGGGUGAAAAGCAUAAUUGCACACAUAUAAAGUAUCUAACAAAUACAUUACAAGAGAACAAUUUACAAAAACAAGAAAAAGCUAAAUUAUCUUUAAAUAAUUACAAUGUAAAAGUUUAUUUAAUUAUUUAUGCUUGGAUUUUAUGGUAAAAGCUUUAUUCUCUCUGCUAAAAUCUAUGGACAAAAUUUUAAUGAUUUUUUAUUUCUCUCUGGAGGGGAAAAUCACAAGACCACCGAUUUUCAAACACUAAGUAAAGAAUCACACUCUCUCUAUAAACACUGCCAUUCUUUGCGAAAGAAGACGUACAGCGUUAAGAUAAAAUCUGCGCUGUGCCUUUGCUUUCGACGAGGAAAACUUAGAAAAAUGAAUCACUUAUCAAAAAAGAAGAAGAAAGAAAUCGAAUCAAAAGAAGUAUGAAAUGAAAAUCGACGAGGAAAUUGACCUAAAAGAAAAAAAAAGAUUUCAAAGAAUAAUGACAAGAGGUCCAUAGAACAGAAAUGCAAGUAGUUUAGAUGCAUAAGAGCAUAAAAUAGCAUUUUAAUGAUCAUGCAUAAAAAGAUGAACACAGAAGUGAGAGAAAUUCAUGUAGUAAAAAAUUAGACAUAUAAAGAAUAUUUGAAGAUCUUUCGCAGAAGAAAAAAAGGAACAAUUUUUUAAAGGUAUGACAAUGAAAAAGGGAAUACAAUACUAAUUUAUUGUAAAUUUUUAGAUCGUGAAAUCAAUCCAAAAAUUCACUAAUUUAUUGCUUUUUUGUGGUAGUUUAAUUAUUGUUUUGUGGGAAUUUUUUUUUAGACUAAUUUUACCCAAUUUACUUUUGAUUUAUUGCGCGCACGUCUUUGAUUUGCUACACAAAGUCACAUUUUUCAAUGGAGAAGAAGAUGAGAAAAUCUAUGCACACUCGAGUAUUUAACUUUAUUGUAUUUAAUGAAUUGUGUAUUUAUAUUAACUAUUAUUAUUAUUUUUUUUCGAUGAAAAAGAUCGAGAGAAACGAACAAAUUGAUGAAUUGCCGGGUGAUUGUGCCAAGUUGUGUCAUUCAUACGAAUAUUAAUUUAAGUUAAUAAAAGGUGAGAGAUGAGAAAAAGAUUGAGGAAAGAUCCAAACAGAAAAAAGAACAGAAAUAUUUAGAAGAACGAUUCCCCUCUUUAAUCACAUAUUCAGUGAUUUUUAUGUACAUAUAUUGAGGAUAAAACACUAAAAGGAAAAUGGACUAGUAAAGGAAAAUCAGUAUAGGAAAAAUGGAGGUAAAGAGAAUUAAUCCUUAUGGCAUUUUUAUGUUCUGUAAAUAUUUUUCGGAGAGAGGAAAAUCCUUUUCAAAUCUGCGGGAAAGCUAGAAGAAAUGAACAGUUUAAUUGCAGAACAUGUGAGAAGAGUGAGAAGUGAAUUACGGAGUGACAAAGGAUGUUUUUUCCUCUCUCUGAAAGAAGAAUACUUACUCUAUAAAUAAUACUUUUAAGGUACUUACUUCUCUACAACUGCUUGCAGAAUGCUCUCAAAAUUGCUGGCAGGAUAUAUAAAUAAAAAAUCAUGUAUCUAGUCAUUGAAAAUU